UUGUCUCACUCUCUUCACCUUGUAUUUUUCUUCCAGCACAAUACCGGCUGGUUUGGAGGAGGUCGAAAAUGCCGUGUGGUUAAUCAAUCGGUGACGUUGCUCAGUACUCUUAUACCUUUCCUCGGACCAGGAAGCGAGGAACUUGAACAAAUUGCUUUGGACAAGUCGAGGAGCAUAUUAUAUUGUUUAGGGAAGAACGGUUCUAUUCAGGUAUUUGAUCUUGGAGUGGACGGUACUCAGUGCAGCAGGGUGUGUGUCGUUACGGCUGGGCAGAUUGCCAGUGAAGCUCAUUUAAUGACCCAGUACGGUCAUGAAGAGUCUACCUUUACCAACAUCGCGACUAUUUGCGCUCUCGAAGCCCAUCAAUCGAAUCAGCUCAAUUUGAUAGCGGUAACGGCGAAAGGGGUACGAAUAUACUUCUCUGUGCUAGCACGGAAUGUGGCGAAUUCCAACCAGCAAGGACAGUACCUGUCCCAAAUGACCUAUAAGAGCCUUUCCCAGCAGGAAGUUCGGCCGCAGUGUCUUCGAGUAGCACAUGUGAGGUUCUCACCAGGUGUAGCUCCAACGUCUAUCUACCGUGACACUCCACAAGGAGUUUCAAUCGCUUAUGCCGACCAAAGCAUUUGUGUGAUGGCAACGGCAAAUCGCCAGCUGAUUUGGGCGCUCUCUGAUCUCUAUCAUCCACAUAAAAAUGUCUAUUGUGAAUCUAUGAAUGAUCUACAAGUCGCUGGUAAUGUAUGGGCUAUAACUCCUGUUUCGGACAAGGCGCUUCAUUAUCAACCACCCGAGCCUGGCAUGAUUUCUAGAGUUCUACCUCACGCUUUCUACCGUCAGUCGAUUGAGUUGAAGCAACGUCUGAUUAUUUGUUCAAACGAGGGAAUUCAUGAGUUUGAUUAUGUCACUCCGCGUGACGCGUUGCGUGAAGCACUAUUCGACGGUGGGGCUGAGGGACGCGCUACAGUACAGUUAUGGCAACAACUUGGCGCAACGGAAGUGCUCGUCCUGGCUCUUUCUGUGCUGACCAGCGAGUUAGCUGUGGAUGAACGAAUCAAGGAGAAGGUUAUUGCUGCUUCUUGUUAG